AUGGCAGACACUUUCUGUUUGGUCGCACGAGUCUUGGUCGGGAUGUGAGACGGCAGUUCUACUCGGAGCUGGAAAACCAUGCACUACGACUGGUGCAAUCGGGGGGAACGCUUAAACCAUCGCAAGUGGUAGAUAUCACGCGCGUGUUCUCGCGCAAGAGCGCCAAGGAAGUGUACAGUCCCCGCGGAUGGUUCUCCUGGCUCGGUGAUGAGUUGGAUUCCCGCUACACACCCCAGCAACUCGGCACCAUCACGUACGCGUGUGGGUUGUCUAGUAUGUAUGUGGCUGGGCUGACCCCUGUGGUAGAGAAGAUGCUCCAGACUAUCGCCGGCAAGCAGCCCGCGAAAGUAGCACGGCUGGAUAUGGCCACCACUCUGCGCGCGUACUUUGCGAUGGUGCGAUUGGACCCGGAGUGUGGGGACGUGCUGGGAGGUCCGGCCGUCCAGGCGUUUAGCCCCUUCAUUCCUAAGUCAGCCCAGGAUGUCACCAACCCGAAGGGCCAGUCUGUGACGCCCAUGCAUCCGGAUGAGGUUGCACUGUGGGCCUGGACUACAUGCAGCACACCGGCUGUGAGUGACCCAAUGGUGAAGGAGGCGUUGCUUUACCUACUCAGCUACAUCGGAGGAAACGGUAGACUCGAAGAUAGCAGCCAGAACGUGUUCGAAACGACCACGUUCAUGCCGCAUCAGCUCAUGUCCAUGACAUUCCAAGUGUAUCUAUCUGUGGCAAAUCUAGCGCAGGAGCGUCUGCCACUCUCUCGUCCCCAGAAAGCUGCUCUGGCGAAGAUUAAACACAGCUUCGCCAACGGUGGCCGGGAUGAGGAACAACCCGAAACACCCAACCGAUCGGAACAAAAGCUGGCCCAGACCGUGGGGGCUCUGAAUCUGGGUAGCGUGCAGCCACAGUUUAAAGCUAAAAACGGGUACACCAUCGAUGUCGCUGUGCCGGAGAAGAAGCUGGCCUUCGAGUUCCAGGGACCAACCCAUUUCUCAUCCGCACCCGCAAUGAUCAAUCAGCGUAUACCUAUGGCUGGCCUACAGCUUAAGCAACGGCAUCUGAAAGCCGAGGGCUGGAGAGUGGUACACAUCCCAUUCUGGGAAUGGGCCGAGUUACGUAUUGUGGACCGUUCAAAGUAUCUGACGGAGAAGAUCAAGGAGUCCAAGAACAAGCUGCCCGUUGGGGAGCCAAACACCAGUGCACACUACGCCAAUGAGACUGAAGUCCCCGACUUCGAGGGCCUCGAAACACCUCGCAGGGGCACGCUUUGGAAAUCCGUAGGCAACUUCAGGGAGGACAGGCACAAAGGUCCCAGAGGCAAACGCCCCUCCUUCGAUGUGGUUGCUUCGUACCUGAAAGAUCGCAGAAACAAACUGUCUGACCGCAGCGCCAAGCUAUUGGCCGAGGACUAUGGACGGGAAUACGACUUGUCAGAGGAAGAGCGUGAGAGGAUCCGAAGAUAUCUGCGCAAGUCACCCGAACCCGCGACAAAUUAGGAUUAGGGUCCGCGUUCUGCAUAGACAGGUGAUAUAUUACCGAGAGAGCGGAAUUCAAUACAAUGGUAUAUGUAAACCCGAGACAGGAUAUAUACAUAUAUGGGUGACGGUAAUUUAGAUGCCAGAAAGUGCGAAUUCAGUAGACUCGUAAUAAACAAGCGUACUUGGGCGUAUG